CAUUGGAGUGGAGCGGUGGAAUGUCCAAGACGGUGGAGCUCGAGAAGGAGCUGGCGGAGCUGCACAGCCGGUACAAGCAGGCAGAGGAGGAGAAGGAUGGAGCCAAGGUGCUCAAGAAGCAGCGAGCGUCCAUCGAGAGGCUGCGGAGGGACAACGAUCAGCUCAGGAAGGACUUGGAUCUUGAUAAGGGUAUGCGCAGCUCGCAGGUCAGGAGCAAGUCAGCGCUGGAUCACCAUGCAUCCAUGUCGUCACAGCUCAACAAGCUUCAGGACCAGGCGGAAUCUUACACGAAGAGGAUCGAGACGGAAAAGAAGAGGAUCGAGGAGCUGGACUCGAGCAUCAAGGAUUUGAAUGAGAAGGUCCUGGAGCAACGUAAGAAGGUUGGGGGGGCGAAUGCGGUCCGGGAAAACAAUUUGAAGUCUCAGAAGCACAUUCAGCUGCUUGAGAACAGACUCGACAAGUCCCUUCUCAAGUUCAACGAGGCUCUCGCAAACAACAAGCAACUGAGGGAAUCGAUCGACAACCUGAGGAGAGAGAAGCAGGGGUUCGAUCAGAUCUACAAGAAGCUGGAAAAAGAUCUCAACGAAAAGAAAAACGAGAUGCAAAAGAUCAUAGAGAUGUCCAAUGUUGCGUAUGAAGUGAGGGACAAAGCGCAGCAGGAGAUGGCGAUGUUGAAGAUUCAGGCGGAUCGGGAGCAGGCGAGCUUCGAGGCGGAAUGGAAGGAGCUGGGAAAGUUGAUCGAGGAUGAUCGAAAGAUGAAGGAGCUGAUGCGUCAGAGAGAGAAGGCAGGGAUCGGACCCAACGGCAAGUUCGAGGACGAGGACAAGCUGAGAAAGAAGAUCAUGAAAGGAAACUCAUCCAUCUCCAAGGACAAGGCAGCGCAACAAGCAGCACUGCACAAGGUCCAGUCGUAUGAAGAAGCUUUUGCCAAGAUACAAGCAUCGACAGGGAUCUCAGACAUCGACGAGCUGGUUGCGACGUUCAUCGAGGCAGAGGACAAGAAUUUCUCUCUCUUCAACUACGUGAACGAGCUGAAUAACGAAGUGGAGAAGCUUGAGGAGCAGAUUGCUGAUACCAGGAUGGAAAUUGAAAAGCACAGGGGGAAAGGACAAAACAACGACAACCAAAGAAAGCAGAUCUUGAUAGACUUGGAAGACAAGUUGGCAAAGACUGAAGCUAAAGCUGAGCAAUUUGAAGCGCGAGCAGCAAAGACUAUGCAGACUAUGAACAUUCUGAAAGAAGGGAUUCAGGACACUUUCAACAAGAUCGGGUGCAACGCCGAGCUCGUGAACGCGGUGAUGGGGAACCAGGGAGUGACGGAGGGCAAUAUGAUGCAGUACCUGGGCAUCAUCGAGCAGAGGACCAACGAGAUCCUCCAGAUGUACACGGCAGCGCAGAUGAAGGAGACAGGACACGACGAGACCAGCCCGGAGAUUCAGACCAAGUUGGCUGCCAUCCUUGGACAGGGCCCGAAGGUCCCGCUGGGGUCAGGGAAGGUGGAGGUGGUACCUCCUCCUGCCAGCGGGGAGCUAGAGUCGGAGGAGGGCUCGGAGGAGGAGGAGGAGGACGAGAGGCCCUUGACGCGGGACGAGCUGAAAGCCAAGACCCUCCGGAGCCUUGCGAAACGAGAGAUGAUAGACAGAGAAGAUUCAAAGGUCAAGGACGUUUCGACUUCGCACAAGACGCCAUGAAGGCGGAGGCAGCUGCUGUUUGUGUCAUUGUAUGUAGAUACACCCACCAUUCUGUUGCAAGAUUUCCUUUGUUGAACAAGAAGAAAAGCGACUGU